AUGGCCGCAGCCGCCCGCUCCACCAGGCCCGGGUCCCGGCCUGGGCCCCGGCCGCUGCCUCUGCUUCUGCUUCCUCUGCUGCUGCUGCUGCGCGUGGGCCCGGUGCGCGCCGACAGUAAGGUGUUCGGCGACGUGGACCAGGUGCGCAUGACCUCGGAGGGCUCCGACUGCCGCUGCAAGUGCAUCAUGCGGCCGCUGAGCAAGGACGCGUGCAGCCGGGUGCGCAGCGGGCGGGCGCGCGUGGAGGACUUCUACACGGUGGAGACGGUGAGCUCAGGCACCGACUGCCGCUGCUCCUGCACGGCGCCGCCCUCCUCGCUCAACCCCUGCGAGAACGAGUGGAAGAUGGAGAAACUCAAGAAACAGGCACCCGAGCUUCUCAAGCUGCAGUCCAUGGUGGAUCUCCUGGAGGGCACCUUGUACAGCAUGGACCUCAUGAAAGUGCACGCCUACGUCCACAAGGUGGCUUCCCAGAUGAACACAUUGGAAGAGAGCAUCAAGGCCAACCUGAGCCGGGAGAACGAGGUAGUGAGGGAGAGCAUGCGCCACUUCAGCGAGCAGCUGAGGCACUACGAGAACCACUCAGCCAUCAUGAUGAGCAUCAAGAAGGAGCUCUCCAGCCUGGGCCUCCAGCUGCUGCAGAAGGACGUGGCCACGGCGCCCGCCGCUGCCCCGGCCCCUGGCACCGGCAGCAAGGCUCAGGACACAGCUGGAAGGAAAGGCAAAGAAAACAACAAAUAUGGCAGCGUGCAGAAGAGCUUUGUCGAUAAGGGCCUCUUGAAACCUCCUAAGGAGAAGCUGCUGAAGGUGGAGAGGCUGAAGAAGGAGGGCAAAGGCAGAUUCCCCCAGCCCACAGCCAAGCCCCGGGCCCUGGCCCAGCAGCAGGCUGUGAUCCGAGGUAUCACCUACUACAAGGCAGGCAGGAAGGACACGACCGAGGCCAUGGCUGACAAUGCCCUCAAGGGCACUUCCUGGCUGGAGCAGCUGCCGCCCAGGGUGGAGGGCCGGCCCCCUGAGCCCAACUCAGCAGAGCAUGAGGAGGCUGCGCCCCAGGGCCCUGAGGGAGCGGAUCUGGCCCCUGGCACCCAUGCCUUGGAUCCCACCCCCACCCCCACCCCCACCACCAGUCCCCUGCCCACCGAGCCACCCCCACGCCCAGAAGUCCCCAGUCAAGGCAGAGAGGCGAGCUGUGAGGGUACCCUCCGAGCUGUGGACCCCCCUGUGCGACACCACAGCUAUGGGCGCCAUGAGGGGGCCUGGAUGAAGGACCCCGCUGCCAGGGAUGACAGGAUCUAUGUCACCAAUUACUACUAUGGAAACAGCCUGGUGGAAUUCCGCAACCUGGAAAACUUCAAGCAAGGCCGCUGGAGUAACAUGUACAAGCUGCCCUACAACUGGAUCGGCACGGGCCACGUGGUGUACCAGGGCGCCUUCUACUACAACCGCGCCUUCACCAAGAACAUCAUCAAGUAUGACCUGCGGCAGCGCUUCGUGGCCUCCUGGGCGCUGCUGCCGGACGUGGUGUAUGAGGACACCACGCCCUGGAAGUGGCGCGGCCACUCGGACAUCGACUUCGCCGUGGACGAGAGUGGCCUGUGGGUCAUCUACCCCGCCGUGGAUGACCGCGACGAGGCGCAGUCCGAGGUGAUCGUGCUGAGCCGCCUGGACCCCGGCGACCUGUCAGUGCAGCGCGAGACCACGUGGAAGACGCGGCUGCGGCGGAACUCCUACGGGAACUGCUUCCUGGUGUGCGGCAUCCUGUACGCCGUGGACACGUACAACCAGCGGGAGGGCCACGUGGCCUACGCCUUCGACACGCACACGGGCACUGAUGCCCGCCUGCAGCUGCCCUUCCUCAAUGAGCACGCCUACACCACCCAGAUCGACUACAACCCCAAGGAGCGGGUGCUCUACGCCUGGGACAAUGGCCACCAGCUCACCUACACCCUCCACUUCGUGAUCUGAGUGGGGACCUGGGGUCACAGGAGAGGAUUGGCCAUGGGCAUGGGGGCUCCCCACAGCGACUCCUGCAAGGGACUCCCUCAGCAAAUAUUUACUGGGGGCCAGGCCCAGGGCUAGGUGCUAGGCAGGUGGCUUAGCAAGGAUCAGCCUUCUUUAGCACCCAGUGAAGUAAUAAUCGCUUCCACCUGCAGAAUAUUGUCAAGAGCUUCACCUGCACUAACCUGCUUAAUCUUGACCCCCUUGGAGGUAUAGGCAGUUAAGCCCAUUUAACAGAUGAGGAGACUGAGGCCUCAGUCUGGCUCAGGCUAGCCCACUUUACAGAUAAGACCUGACCAUGCUCUCCCCUACCUCCAACCCUCUCCCUUCUCUCCUGGUUUUUCUUGUGCUCUCAAGUCUGUCUCCCUACCCAGGGGCUACUCGAAACCUUUGGGACCAACACACUAGUGUUGGGUGGAGGCCAGCUCUGCAUGCCAUCCCAGAGCCCUGUUCUGACUGAGCUACUGGUGGCCCUGGGGCUUUGGGCCCUUUGGCUGAUGUCCUUGUUCCUUGCCUUUGGCCAGCCCCCCAUCCCCACCCGCUGUCUGACCGCAUUCCAAACCUCCACAGUCACCCAGCCACUGAACAGAAACCACACCCCAAGAAAAAAAUACCAGCCCCCCUUCCAAGACCCCCUCCCUCUGUACUCAUUUUUAUUUUCUCUUAUUCUUCAUCAGUGCCGUCAUUUGUUUCUGAGGCAGCAGCUGAGAAGGCUGCAGGCAGCUGCCUGCCACCGCAACUCUACCAGAGUGAGGAACUGGGCCAGGCCCUGGGGCUCCCUCUCCACCCAGGAGUGCUGGCUCCAGCCACAUACCCAGGCUGUGGGACCUCUCCCCACUACCUCCCAGAGCCUUUGGGCCGGGGUCCACCUUGUCCUUUCUCUUUGGACUUUUUAACCCACAACCUAUGUGCACUCAGGGAUACUCCAGGUCUGCCAUGAGCAAGACCCUAAGCCUGAGGCUGGGCAGUACCAGGAUGAAAUAGGUUUCCUUUUCCUUGGCAGUCCUAACCUGGUCUUUAGGUGAGCUGGCCUGGGAGACGGCGGGGAGGCUGAGAUCUGGGCAGCCAGCACAGAGGAGGUUUUGGACCUUCUGGUGGCAGGGAAGAGCCAGGGGGUGAAAGCUGGGAGGGAAGGAGAAAGGGGUCUGUGGGUCAGGCUUUUCCUGGCUUCAGAGAUAUUGAGGCCAGGGUGCCCGGAGUCCAACUUGGGGCUGAAAAUGCACAGGUGGGCUCCCCUGAGCCUCAGUCCCAGGCAACCCAGGGGAUCAGACCUUCAGGUCUGUCCCUAUCUGCUUUGAACAACAUUUUUAGAGCUGGAAGAAGUUCUCAGCCUGACUCCUUGCAUCAACAAAGGAGAAAGGGCACAGGGCCACUCCAGGAACGGGACACAGCCGACCUCCUUCCAGAAGGGCUUUGUCCAAAUCCUUUAUCCUACAGGCUUGGAGGCAGCUAGGCUGUAGACCCCCUGGCACCCAAGCCAUACUCACACGUUUGAAGGGUAUUUAUAGCUGAUCUCGACACAACCCCGGACCCUGCUGCUCUCAUUCAGUCCCCAUGCCAGCUCCCAGGUGUCUGUGUAUAUGAACACCCAGCUGCCACGUUGGGAAAUUCAGCUGCAUACCCUGGAGUGUAAGGAAAUGCAUUUUGUGCAGAAUACACUUCUUUCAGACAUUGUCAGGUGACGUUAUUUUGUUUAAGCUGUAACUCACCCCCAAAAUAAAGGGGAAUGAUGACGCCCAGCCGAGCCAGGCCUGACUCAUAGUAGCAGACUCAUCCAGGCGCCCCCACCCAGUGGAACUCCAAGGGCUGAGCAUACAGACUCUUUGGGGGCUGCAAGUCCUGGGUGUGGGUCUUAGAAGACUCAGUGCUUUGUGAUAUCACAGCCCAACCAUGUGAGAAGUGUUCAGGCUCCUCUCUUCCCAUUAGUCUUAGAAAAGGGAAAGUUAAAAUGGACUGAUGUUGAAAAAAGACAAGCAGAAUGGUUUUCUCGGGGACAGGAUGCUGGUUGCAGCCUCUAAACAUUCACUGAUCCCCUUCUGCUUUCAGGUCCUUGUAUGUGGGUUACAUUGUAGGUACAGUUAUUUUCCUCAUUUUACAGAUAGUCAGACUGGUGCCCAGAGAAGUUAAGUGGAGGCAGUUAAGUGGAAAGCCAGGUUUCCAAAUCAGGUAAUAUAACAUGAACAUCAACAGUGGGCUAAGAAAGGCAUGUGCAUCUUCACAACAGUGGAAGGUAUAUACUCUGUGUGUGCCCAUUUUACAGAUGGGAAAACUGAGGUGAAGGGACUUACCCAAGCAAGCAGUUUACUCUGUAGCAGAGUCAGGUUUUCACGGCUGGUUAGUACGUGUUUUCUGUCAAUUGUAUAUUUCUCUCGCAGCAGCUCCAGAAUAGUGCUCGUUUCUUUUAGACCAGUGUAGCCAAGGCAUGAAUUGCAUCUUCAUAGGAGAAGGUGAUGGCACCCCACUCCACUCCAGUACUCUUGCCUGGAAAAUCCCAUGGACAGAGGAGUCUGGUGGGCUGCAGUCCAUGGGGUCGCUGAGAGUUGGACACGACUCAGUGACUUCACUUUCACUUUUCACUUUCACGCAUGGAGAAGGAAAUGGCAACCCACUCCAGUGUUCUUGCCUGGAGAAUCCCAGGGACGGUGGAGCCUGGUGGGCUGCCGUCUAUGGGGUCGCACAGAGUCAGACACAACUGAAGCGACUUAGCAGCAGUAGCAGCAGGAGACCCAAGAAGGAGGUUGGGGUCCACUCAUAAAGAGCCUUGAAUGCCAAACCAAAGAGCGACUCCCUCCAAUCACAUUUGGAACGAAGUCGAGUAUAAAGGAGAGGAAAGGAAAUUCUAAGACAAUUGGAUUUUGUCCUAUCAGUGAUGGGAGGCAGGGGAGAGCUUUUGUUGUGGGAUUUACUACAUUUGACAGCAGGUACUUAAAGGAGAGAGCCAGCUUUUCCUGCCGACCUCAGCUGUGAAGGCAAAGGAAGCCGUCUCUGGUCUUUCUGAACAACAUGAUACAGGAAGGGGCUUUGACUGCUACCUUUGAUUCUUCAUGAGAGAGUUCUAGGCCUUAAUAUUUAAUUUGCUCUGUCUGGGGAGAAAAGGAGGCCUCUGCCUUGGGAGGCAGACCUAAAAGUAAGGCUCGGGGGGUGGGAUGGGGUUUCCUGGGAAUGACUUGAGGGCUUCUGAAAGCCAGUUUGUUCUAAAGCAUCUUUUCCUCCUUGACAACAUUGGAAACCACUCUGGUGACAGGACACAGCCCAGGAUGGUUGUCAGGGAGCCCUGGGUAAGGAAGGGUUGGGAAGUCCUAGGUUCGAAUCCAGCUGUGCUUCUCACAGGCUUCACAUUUGGGCAGGGUAGGGACUGUUAGAGUGGACAGAUGUCAACUCCUUUUUAUGGCUGAAGACUUGCAGUUUAGUGAGGACACAGGGCAGCUGAGGGCCCAAGCAGUACCCUCCUAGAGCUAGAAGGCACCUUUACUUAACAGUAUCACUAAUCCACCCAGGAACCCCAUGGUUGGCAUUACUUUCCCCAUUACAGGAAAUGAACCUCAAGUUCAAAAAGGUUAAGCAACCUGCUCAGGGUCACGAAUCUAACAAGAAGUAUAGUCAAGAGUUGAACCAGGUCUGUUUUUACACCAAAGCCCAAAACUAACUGUUGUUAAGAAUUUUGUAACCAGUCAGUUGUUUUUUUUUUUUGCUUUGGCUACUGGGAAGCUUAAAGUCAAACUUGAGAUUAUUUUUAACAGUCAUUGUACUGAGUCUCCUACUGGACUCUGGCCUCAUUCUAGCUUUUUGCUUUUGCCUUUACCCUGAUCUCUUUAUUAUAUUGUACUUUAUCUAUUUUUGUAAAUUGCCACAGUAUCUUUUUUUGCACCAAGGUGGACUGUACCGAAAUAAAUACAUGAUCA